AGGAUAUUGUUCUGACUCGGAAACCAACAACUGCUAUUGCGGGUAUCUUCAUCAUCUCCAAUGCUGCGCUAGGGGCAGGCACUCUCGCAUUUCCAAAUGCAUUUGCCAAGUCAGGACUCAUACUCAGUUUUCCCAUCUUGGGGAUAUGUAUAGUGUUGUGUGCUCUUUCUCUCUCAAUAGUGGCUUUCGCCAAUUACGAAACAGGCACCUAUGAGUAUUACCAAGCGAUGCGGUUCUACUGCGGACCCUGGGUUGAGUUCUUGUUCAACGCACUAAUGAUAGUUGGCAAUAUUGGUACUUGUGUUCUCUACAUGAUCACAGUCGGCGACCAAGCAGAUCAAGGCACAAAAGAGUACUAUCAGGCCAUGCGGUUCUAUUGUGGUCCUUGGAUGGAACUUCUGUUCAACGUGGCUAUCAUAGUGUCCAAUAUUGGCACCUGCAUUCUCUACAUGAUCACAGUAGGCGAUCAGGCAGACCAAAUUGUGAACCGAAUUCUGGACAACAAUGACGAUUCAGAAGACAACCUGUGGUAUGUGAACCGGAAAUUCACCAUCACUGUUUUAAGCACCUUCAUAAUCCUCCCCCUUUGUCUGGCUAAGAACAUAGACUUCCUCAAGUACCCCAGUAGUCUGGGGGUGUUGUCUAUGGUGUAUUUGAUGGUGGUCAUUGUGUGGGACUACUUUGAGGAGAGGGGGGAGGAGACAGGUGUGGAGAUUGACAAGUAUCCUUCCGACUAUGCCAAUAUAUUCGAUGCAUUUCCAACAAUUCUUCUUGCAUAUCAGUGCAUGUCGAAUGCGUACCCUGUGUUCGGGAGUAUGGCAAGUGUGUCCUUCCGAAAUUACUUCAUAUGCAUCAGUGGCAGUGUGUUUGUCUGCACUCUCGUCUAUCUGCCAGUUGCACUCUUCGGAUACCUCUCCAAGGGCGUCAAUUGCAUGUCGAAUGCGUACCCUGUGUUCGGGAGUAUGGCAAGUGUGUCCUUCCGAAAUUACUUCAUAUGCAUCAGUGGCAGUGUGUUUGUCUGCACUCUCGUCUAUCUGCCAGUUGCACUCUUCGGAUACCUCUCCAAGGGCGUCAAUGUAAAGAGUAAUGUGCUGCUAUCUUACGACUCGAGGGACAACAAAGUCUUAGUGGCACAGGCAGCUGUCCUCAUUUCAGUCUUGAUGUCAUACCCAAUUCAAUUUUGGGUACUCAAGGAAAGUAUAAUCAAAGUGUGGCAAUCCGGUCGCCAAUUCACUUCCAGCAGUGACUACACUGAUCCAGGCCUCACUCCCCUGAGGCGCUACACCAUAGUGGCCAUAGUGUUCACUCUCACUCUUGCUAUGGCCCUGCGACUGCCUGAUAUCAGUGUGGCUGUGGCUUUCACAGGCUCAUUUGCUGCCUACUUCUACCUCAUAUGCCCAGGUCUUGUUCUAAUCCAGACGACAUACGUGAACGAAAGCGGUCAAUUCAUCUACAAAUCAAACCCCAAAAAAGUUAUCACAUUUGAAGAUUCAAACUUUCGACAAAAAUCAACAACUCAAAGUUUACAGUCACAAGACGGCCCAAAAAUAUUCAUUAUUGAAAAUGACCUGGAGAAUCAGAGUAACUUCUUGGAAGAACAUGAUGUCUCAAAAUCAAAUUUGGAUCCAGGCGUGAACAAACCUAAGUUUAUGAUGAACAAGUACAAAAAUGGCGCGCUUUCAUGGUCACUUCGAGUAGUUGGGCUGAUUUUGUGCGCUUUGGGAAGUUUCAUUACAGGACUUGGAUUGGUAGUAGCUAUUUAUGGAGUUUUAGACAUUCUAUGACAGCUGCA